CCGUGGGCUCUCCUGAGCCGUCGGGAUGUCUCGGGACGACGCGGUGAGGUGUCUGCGCUGCCUGCUGUACGCGAUCAACCUGCUGUUCUGGCUGAUGUCAGCAUGUGUUCUCGGAGUGGCAGCCUGGAUCAGAGACUCUCUGAACACCGUCCUGACCCUGACAGCCCACACCAGGUUGGAGGAGGCGGCCGUCCUCACCUACUCCCCGGCCGUCCACCCCGUCAUCAUCGCCGUGUGCUGCUUCCUCUUCAUCGUGGCCAUGGUGGGAUACUGUGGAGCGCUCAGGUGUAACCUGCUGCUGCUCACCUGGUAUUUCUGCAGUCUGCUGGUGAUCUUCUGUGUGGAGUUGGCCAGCGCUGUUUGGACCUACGACGAGCCCUCCGUCCAGCGCUCUGAUAUGAUCAGUCUGAAGUCUCGGAUGCAGAACUUCGGCCUCCAGCGUUACCAGUGGCUCACACACACCUGGAACAGCGUCCAGACCGAGUUCCGGUGCUGUGGGGUGAUCUACUUCACUGAUUGGUUGGAGAUGACGGAGAUGGAGUGGCCUCCUGACUCCUGCUGCUCCAAUCAGUAUCCAGGAUGUGCUCGCCAUGCCCACGACCACGACCUCAGCGACCUGCACCAGGAGGGCUGCGGUCCGAAGGUCUACGGGUUCAUCCGUGGGACGAAGCCGCUCCAGGUGCUGCGUUUCCUGGGCGUGUCCAUCGGCGUGGCCCAGAUCCUCGCCAUGGCGCUCACCCUCACGCUGCUCUGGGCGCUUUACUACGGGAGGAAGUCUCCAGAGCCGGACGCCACGACGCCGCCGGACGACUCCACCCCCCUCACGGUGACACAUGGCCCCGCCUCCUCCGGAGACUCAAACGGCCCGGUGACGACCUCUGACCCCAGAGAGCAGAGGAUCGAGAUGGAGCGGCUCUCCUAACCGACCCUGAACCCUGAACCCACGGAGAUCUGGUCUGGACCAGGAGGACCUACUGAGACCUGGUCUGGACCAGGAGGACCUACUGAGACCUGGUCUGGACCAGGAGGACCUGCUGAGACAUGGUCUGGACCAGGAGGACCGACUGAGACCUGGUCUGGACCAGGAGGACCUGCUGAGACAUGGUCUGGACCAGGAGGACCGACUGAGACCUGGUCUGGACCAGGAGGACCUACUGAGACCUGGUCUGGACCAGGAGGACCGACUGAGACCUGGUCUGGACCAGGAGGACCUGCUGAGACAUGGUCUGGACCAGGAGGACCUGCUGAGACCUGGUCUGGACCAGGAGGACCUGCUGAGACAUGGAGCCGUCUCAUUGGUCGAGGCGCUCUUCUCUCCGGUGACAUCACUGGGAUCUCAGAUAUGAACUCAAAGGGUCAAAUAAUUAUUCUGAUUAGAUUAAUAAACGAUUCAAUGAGAGUUCUGAACGCGAUGCAGAUCAGAAGAGAACCCAAAGGAUUCUGGGACGUUGAGUUUUUCCACUGAACUGAAGAAGUGAUGAAACAUCUGGACGUCAGCUGUUUGAGGAAGAAUAGAGUUUAUGUUAUUGAUGCAUGGUGUUGAAUAUUUGAUAAUAUCUGUUAUUGGAGCGUAUUGAUCGUUGAUCACUGAUUACCACUAAACACUAAAGCAGGAACCACUGUGGACGUUUGAUUUAGUCACCAGACUCUCCAGAGGAGCCGGGUGGGGUUUCUGUUAUAAAUGUCCCAAUGUUUACGGAUGAGACUU